AUGAGAAGUCGCUCCUUCGCGGUCAAUGUUGUUAGCCGUCUUAUUUACAACAAUCUCUCAGCGGAUCUGCAAUACGCCUGCCAGUACUGGGUAUACCAUCUUGGCCAUAGCGAACCUCAUAUCGUUGAGUCUCUAGCUUUUGAUUUUUUGAAAAAGCAUUUCCUUCACUGGUUGGAGGCACUAAGUCUAAUGGGUGUUAUAUCAGAAGCAGUAGCAAUGAUAGAUGCGGUACAGUCUAGGGAUGGGGUGGAGAAUUUAUGGAGGUCAGGACUACAAACACUCGAGGGCCAUUCAGGUCUGGUUCAUUUAGUGGCCUUCUCUCCGGACGGGCAAACCCUAGCCUCAGGCUCUAAGGAUGACACUGUCAAGUUCUGGAACGUUAAGACUGCCUCUGAACUGAAGACCCUCCGGGGCCAUUCAAAUUCAGUUUAUUUAGCGGCCUUCUCUCUGGACGGGCAAACCCUAGCCUUAGGCUCUGGCGAUGACACUGUCAAGCUCUGGAACGUUAAGACCAGCUGUGAACUGCAGACCCUUCAGGGUCAUUCAAAUUCCGUUUAUUUAGUGGCCUUCUCUCCGGAUGGGCAAACCCUAGCCUCAAACUCUGGCGAUGACACUGUCAAGCUCUGGAGCGUCAAGACCGGCUCUGAACUGCAGACCCUUCAGGGCCAUUCAAAUUCGGUUUAUUCAGCGGCCUUCUCUCCGGACGGGCAAACCCUAGCCUCAGGUUCUUACGAUGACACUGUCAAGCUCUGGGACGUCAAGACCGGCUCUGAACUGCAGACCCUUUCGGGGGUUUCAAGUUCGCUUGAUUCGGUAGCCUUCUCUCCGGACGGGCAAACUCUAGCCUCAUACUCUGGCGAUAACACUGUCAGGCUGUGGAACAUCAAGACCGGCUCUGAACUGCAGACCCUUCGGGGCCAUUUAGGCUGGGUUGACUCAGUAGCCUUCUCUCCGGACGGGCAAACCCUGGCCUCAGGCUCUGAGGAUGACACUGUCAAGCUCUGGAGCGUUAAGACCGGCUUUGAACUGCAGACCCUUCGGGGCCAUUUAGGCUGGGUUAAUUCAGUAGCCUUCUCUCCGGACGGGCAAACCCUAGCCUCAGGCUCUAGGGAUGAUACUAUCAAGCUCUGGGACGUCAAGACCGGCUCUGAACUGCAGACCCUUCGGAGCCAUUCAAGUUGGAUUAAUUCAGUAGCCUUCUCUCCGGACGGGCAAACCUUAGCCUCAGGCUCUGGCAAUGGCACUGUCAAGCUCUGGAACGUCGAGACCAGCUCUGAACUGCAGACCCUUCAGGGCCAUUUGGAGUCGGUUUUUUUAGUGACCUUCUCUCCAGAUGGGCAAACCCUAGCCUCAGGCUCUUACGAUGACACUGUCAAGCUCUGGGACGUCAAGACCGGCUCUGAACUGCAGACCCUUCGGGGCCAUUCAGGUUCGAUUGAUUCAGUGGCCUUCACUCCGCUUGCGGAAGUACAUACUGCGACUAGAUCCGGAAUGAAUCGACGACUCCAUAAAUGUGACCCGAAUUUAUGGAGUAUUAAUUCUCAAAUAUCUUUAUCAAACAACUGGGUUGCAUUGGGAGACGAGAAUCUACUGUGGCUCCCUCCCGAGCAUCGUCAAUUUACAAUUUCAGCUGUCAAGGAAGCCUCCCUUGCUCUUGGGUAUCGUGACGGGCGAGUUUCUAUUAUAGGAUUUCAUACAUUGUAG